GCGGCCGGUUCACCUUGUAGUUGUGGAACGGGGUCUCCUGCUCGGCGGGUGGAGCGGUGGUGCUCUCCCGGGAAAGCACGGGUUGGUGGAGGGGAAAGGUCUUCUCUGGGAAUCUUAGUGGGAAGGAGAAGGCUCUGAAGAAGGUGAAUUUUCCCCUGGUGGGAUUGGUUGGCCACCCAUUGGGGAGCUUUGUGGAAGCAUUUUGAUGACAUAUGAUGCCAGAUUAUAAUGAAAGGGAUCGUGAGUAGCCUUUAUGCUGUCUACAGUGCUUAAUUGCACUUUAAGGCAGAUAAAUACAUUGCCCUAGGUAAGUACUGUCCUUUUAGAUGUUGCUCUCUAAGGACUUCCCAUCUCUUUUUUUUUUCUUAUAGCUAUACCACAUCUAAUUAGCCAUAACUUAGCAUUUGGGUAGGCUAUUCAGCAUUCUCAAAUGCCUUUUGCACUUUUAUAUCCUAAGCAGAGUAGUGCAACCCGGGCUUCUCUUGCAAUGGAAACUUACAACCCUGAAGUCUGACUGCGGGCACUUCCUCCUGAGGCAGGACGCUUUGUCCUUAUUGACAGUAAAUGCUGCCCUUGCCUAAAAAAGCGGCUUUGAGCUGGGUUGAAAAUGGCAUGGCGUGUUAAAGGCUGCACGGAUCCAGUCAGCACUGGUCUGUGGAGUUUCCUACGGGUGAUGAGCAGAUCAGCCAAGUUCCCUUUGUGCUUUGCAUCCUUGUUUGGUUUUUCCUGCUUCUUCCAUGAAGAUAAUAAAAAUAAAGCUGACAUUGGUAUGGUCUUAUUCAGCUGCCAUGAACCUGCAACCUCCCUGUCAUUGUUUCACACUCCUGAGCCUAGGGUGAUCCUGUUAACCGGAAAAGAGAAUGCUGCUGAUGGCAUGACAGUUCUGCAUGUGUAUAAAUCUGAUCAAGCAUAUGAUGGCUUUCAUUGAGCAGGAAGCCAAUGAAAAGGCUGAAGAGAUAGAUGCAAAGGCAGAAGAAGAAUUCAACAUUGAGAAGGGUCGCCUUGUUCAGACACAGAGGCUGAAAAUCAUGGAGUAUUAUGAAAAGAAGGAGAAACAAAUUGAACAGCAAAAGAAAAUUCAGAUGUCCAACCUGAUGAAUCAGGCAAGACUGAAGGUCCUCAAGGCAAGGGAUGACCUUAUUGCAGAUUUGCUGAAUGAGGCCAAGCAGAGACUUGCCAAGGUGGUGAAGGAUACUGCCAGGUACCAGACACUGCUGGAUGGACUAGUUCUACAGGGAUUCUACCAGCUGCUUGAGCCCAGAAUAGUUGUUCGGUGCAGGAAACAGGAUCUCCCUAUGGUUAAGACUGCUGUACAGAAGAGCAUUCCCAUCUACAAAAAUGCCACAAAAAGGGAUGUGGAUGUUCACAUUGACCAAGAUAACUUCCUGCCAGAAGAAAUUGCUGGAGGUGUUGAAAUAUUUAACAGUGAUGGUAAAAUUAAGGUUUCCAAUACUCUGGAAAGUCGGCUGGAUCUUGUAGCCCAGCAGAUGAUGCCAGAAAUCAGAGUGGCUCUCUUUGGUGCUAAUGCCAACAGGAAGUUUUUGGACUAAACCUCUAUGAGAGAAGGUGGGAUCUGUUCCACUGCCAUACUGAAGGGGAUGCAAAAGCAUCUGCUAAUUUAAAAUCUUGAAAUAUAACAUUACCUUGUCAUCCAAUAUCUGUUCUUCAGUGGAAUAAUUUUGCAUACCUGCUGUGCUUAGCCUCUCUACUUGUGGUUAGAAUGCAUUGCUUAAAGGAUGUGAAGACAUACAUAUUCAUCCAGCAGUGACACUAGAAAAUGGAGGCAUUUGGGCUCUUUGCUUUCCUUGCACUGUUGAGGCUCUAUAAAGACAAGUGGUCCACUUAGGGUCGCUCUCUUUGCUUUGGCCACAUCUCUUUCAAGUUGUCUAAUCUGUGAAGUAAAUUACUGUGCUGCCGAUGGGAAAUCCCUUUUCAGUUAAGGUCUUCAGUCUUAUAGAGGGCAUGCAUUCCUUCCGAGGGUUAGUAGUUUAAUUCAUGUUACUUGGUCAGGCAUUUUUCUGUUCUGUAUAUGUGAUUUUAAAAAAAAAAAAAAAGCCUGAGCCUGUAAGACUGUAUUUAUUAAAAUAAAAAUGCGUGUGUGUAUGGAGUUCUUUGUAGCUUCUCUCUGGGGGAUUGGCAGCAACCUUUGAAAAGUGGGCUUGUUCUUAUAAGGACUUAUACUUGAGGGCUGUGUGUAAUAACUGUCCUGUGAAGCUAGAAUUCAAGUGCAUGGAGCACUGUCAAGCUAUUUGCUUGAGUAGUGUUGGAUUGUAGGCCAGCCUUUUGAAUGGGACUCUAGGAUGAACUUCCUAAAAAAAAAAAAAAUGGGUCAGUAGUUUUGCUCCCGCAGUCUUCUUUCACGAGAGAGAACUAGAGUAACACAACUGUGCUACUUAGAUAGAACAAACGCAGUCCACUUCCAGAUACAGGUUUGUUGCAUCUGUGCAGGAGAUCCAAACCAUACUCCUUUAGUAAUUGUAUUUCAGGACUUGAGGAGCAACAGCUGACUGUUGCAACUCUGUUGUUGGUAACUAUUAAAUUAAAUAACAGUAACAUAACUAUAUUCAUUACCUAAUCUGUUAAGGUUUACAAGUGCUUACUUCUCCUUUGCUUCUGCAGUGAUAACUAAUAUUGUCUCCACCUUCGUACGGUGUAGGACAGAAAAAAAUCUGGAGGUGACUUUCCACACUACAAGCCUCUGCCAGAAUACCUGACUCUUGACGUAGUACUCAGUUCUGAAACUUGUUUCAUGAAAAUAAGAAACAGCUCAAAUGAAUUACUGCUUGAACAUGUUUUGAAAUCAUCUUCUCUCAUUCAGAAAUGGUAGGAAUUUUAUGUUGUGCCAUGAAGAAUACUGGCCAAGCUGCAGCACACACUGCUUUAUGCAGUGGUUUUAACCUGAGGCCUUUUCUUCUUAAGCUGAGGUGCAUGCCCUCACAUAAAGUGAAGAUUCUAAAUACUAGAUAAGCCUUUUGCUGCCUCAUUUCUCUAAAAUGGAGAUUGACUGCUAAGAAAAUCCUGAAUCCAAACUUAUUUAAUCUUUUGAUUUCCUCUUGCAAAAUAAGAAUCUCUAGCAAGGUUGGGUUUAUUUGUUUGUUUGUUUUACUGCUCCUUGCUGUUGUAUUUGGGUACCAGCUCUUGUUUUCCACAGAGAUGGUUAUGGUAUUUAUUCUUUUAGUGCUUUGCUUUUUGAUACAUGAUUCUAUGACUGGGCAAUAAGUGUAUCUGGACUGAAGUCCUACCCUUUCUAGAUUUUGGAUGACCAUUGCAGCUUUCAUUUUUGCAACUGUCAGUGAUCAAGCCCCCGGACUAAGCACUGGGCUCUGGUUUUGUGACACACCUGUAGUAAAGGAAAAACCUUUACAGAUGCAUGCUUAACUGUGGUGUUUCUUGGUUCAAACAGUACUUUUUGGAACAGAUCCGUUUCGGUCCUUUCUGAUGGUUUCAUCCAACUCAUCGAUAGGCUAUUUGCCAGUGCUUUGGAAAUGUAGUUGAACUUACUUGAGUCAUUUUCUGUACAGCUAGGGCUAGGAACAGAAACUCUAAAUGUUGAAGCAGAGUGCAGCAUAUGGAAAUAAAAUAUUGAGGGGUGAGACGAGAGGAGGUUACUAGUCUUUGCUAGGUGAUAUGCACUAUGAAUAUUUGUUCCAAUGCUCAAUAAGAAGACUGCAAACAGAUUGUAAGAUCAUCUCUCUAGACGUGAAUGGCCUGGAUUUGGCCAUCAUAAUUCAAAAGCGUAGCUUUUAUGUUGUCGUAGUGCUGCUGCUUCCCUUGCAAAACUGAUACAGGCAAUGGUGUAAUGCAUGUAGGUAGUCACAGACAGAAUAAGCUAAAGGUUGGGACACCGAAGAGACAG